AAUGGCCAAUUUAAAGAAACAUUAGUUCAAAUGUUUAAGAAUAUCCUCAGAGAAGUUAAAGAAGAGAAGGAAAAAGCUACUUAUUGCUACACCGGCAAUGAAAAAGAACAUCAUGCACAAGUUUCUAAAGAAAAGACUGAACAAUUAACCUAA